CCAGAUAACUCGAUGCGAAUUGCGAUCGAUUUUUCACCCUGAUAUUAUACUUCCUGCGCAACCUUUCCCCUUCCUUUUAGCUGAAUGUGUCAGCCAUGGCACCGAUUAAAAAGCAGGUGGUCAAAAAGCACGGGGGGAAGAAGAAGAAGCAGAUCCUGAAGUUCACCCUGGACUGCACUCACCCUGUCGAAGAUGGCAUUAUGGACGCUGCAAACUUUGAGCAGUUCCUGCAGGAACGCAUCAAGGUGAAUGGCAAAGCUGGAAGCCUCGGUGGUGGUGUGGUGUCUAUUGAGCGGAGCAAGAGCAAGAUUGCGGUGAACUCUGAGGUCCCCUUCUCAAAGAGGUACUUGAAAUAUCUUACCAAGAAGUAUCUGAAAAAGAACAACCUCAGGGACUGGUUGCGGGUCGUGGCCAACACCAAAGAGAGCUAUGAGCUGCGCUACUUCCAGAUCAACCAGGAUGAGGAGGAGGAGGAAGAAGAUUAAAUGUGACACCACUUUUAAUAAAAAAAAAUCAAAUGAGA